AUGCGCCUAAUGAGGCCUCUCUCAGAUUACAACAGAUACUGCCCAGCAAGGCUUACCUAUAGGCCGAAUCGAAGCCUAAAAUGGCGAGAUUCUGUAGCAACAGACAAGAUGCGUGAUUUUUUCAUAUGUGCUGAAUCAAAGACUUUUGUCAAAGCUGCAGAAUCUAUUGGAUGUUCACCCAGGGAGUCUCGGUCAACGAAAGGAGAAGCUUAUAUAGAUAAUGACAGAAUUUGCGCAGGUGACCUAUUCUUGCCUAUACAUUAUGGGAAUGUUCCUAUGAUAGUAAAAUUAGCAAAGGUUGUUGUUGGUUCAAAUCCAAGUAUCAGAUUCUAUAAAUUUGUUGGAUUUUCUCGUCUCAGAUUUCAGAUACGCUGUAUUCUUAGAGAGUUAGAGUUAUUUUCAGUUGGUAUAUGUUCAUAA